AUGAUCGCCACUGGUGGCCUCCUGAGGAUUUCGGCCAGAAAGCAGGAUCCCCUGCGCCCCCCAAGCCAGGUCCCCAAGCGCAAGAGGAAAGCCAAGAAGCGCCGCAAGAAUGACGUGGUGGUGGUGAAAGGCAAGCUCAAACUCUGCUCCAUCUCUGGUCUCAUUGCCCUCUGCGGGAUCCUGGUGCUGCUGGUGGGCAUAGCCAUGGCAGUGGUGGGCUACUGGCCUAAGGCCAAUGGGGCCAGUAAAGAAGGUAAUAAGCAGCUACCACUCGCGGGCACCGGCCACCAAGUCCAGGCCAUGGCCAACAGCAGCAACAGCGGCCAAGAGCGGCCUGGGAGCGUCCACCCAGGGAUUUCAGGCGAAGUCAACUCCAGUUCCGUGGGUGCACCCCGGUCCACGCCUCCAGCGCGAUCGGCAGCCCCAUCACCUUCUUCUUCCAAGUCCGCAGGGUUCUUCUUCCGCAUCUUCUCCGGUUACCUGCACUCGGACAAGCUCAAGGUCUUUGGACCCCUCAUCAUGGGCAUCGGUAUAUUCCUCUUCAUUUGCGCCAACGCCGUGCUCCACGAGAACCGGGACAAAAAGACCAAGAUCAUCAACCUGAGGGACCUCUACUCCACCGUCAUCGAUGUGCACAGCCUGCGCGCCAAGGACUUGGCCGCAGCCGCCGCCGCAGCAGCAGCUGCUGCCUCCUCCUCGACCGCCCCCGCAGCGGCGCCCUCCGGGGCUCCGCCGCUCAACGGCUUCCUCAGUUACGUGCAGUCGCGGGGCCUGGAGCUGAAACCCGGGAGCUGUACAGGUGCUGGGGACGCCUUCGGGGCGGCUGCGAUGCUGAGCAGGGGCUCCUGGCCCCACCCCGCGGCGCUGUGCGGGAGCGGCGGCGGCAGCGGCGGGGCCAGAGGCUCAGCGUCUCCUCCCGACCUGGCUUCAUCCCCUCGUAGCUCGCGGGAGCCCCCGAGCCUGGCCGAGGCGGUGUACAGCAUAUACCGCGAGCGCUCCAGCGUGGCCGGCCAGCGCCGGGCCGCCGCCAGCCGCAGCAGCAGCCCGGCGCGAUGCAGCCCACCCGAGAGCUGGGGGCGCCAGAGUACCACCAGUUCCAUCGUGGGCUCCUCGCUGAGCGCCUUCGCGCUGGUGCCCUUGCAAGGGGACCACAAUAGGGAUGGGGAUACGGAGGGCGCGAGCUGCAGUUGGCCGAUGCCGCCCGGGGAACGCGGUUCCCGAGAAAUCCCGCGGGGCGAGCUUGACUUGAGUUUGAGCGACCUCCGUGGCGCGGAGGGCGGCGCGCGCUGGGUGCACGGAGAGCAGGAGGAGGCUGAGGGCGCGGCAGCAGCGCGCACCGCCAGAGGGCAGGGCAGGCGCUUGCCCAGGACCGGCAGGUACGCGCCCCUGCGGCGCCGCAGCACCAGCGGGCUCCCGGACUACCGGGCACCGCCGUCGCCGGAGCCCCCGCCCUCCCCGCGCGGCGCCGACCCAGACUCCAGCCUCCCAGGCCCAGCCACCACAUCCCCAUCCUCGCUGCGGCGGGAGGACUUGCCCCCUGCAAGGCGGGACUCGCAGAGCUCACAAUCAGAUGACCCAUCCAGCAGCAAUAAGGGCUACACCCCGCUGUGGGAGACCGGCACCUCCUUGGAGUCCGUGGUGGACUUAGUAACCAGUGAAAAGCAGGACUGCGCGGUCACCACCACGGCUGCGGAGCAGGGCACCCCGGAGGGUCCCAGCCAAGAGCCGCCCGUGGCCGAGCCAUCGCAGCAGGUGCAGAAGCAGUUUACAAACCGGGAGAAACUCUUCCUGAUCUCCCGCUCUCAUGCCUUGGAGGUGGAAGACGAGGUGGAAAGCACUGGCGUUUAG